ACAUCAUUCACCACCACCGCCUUUGCUGCUGCCUCUGCUUGCCUCUGCUGCUGCUUUGCUGUGCUUUGCCUUGGUUGCCUUUUUGCUCGCUUGUUCAGUUGUGUUUUAAUUCUUAUUGUGUCAACUACAAAAUUCAUUUGGCUAUAUAUUUUUUUUUGUCUUUUUAAUUUGUGUUUAAAAGUAUAGCAUGUGCCAACAAAUAUCAAGAAGCCACGUUACAUUACAUUACAUUCAGCCACAUAAUCACAAUAAAUUAUAUUCCUCUUCUUACGGCUACCGUUAGCAUCCUUUGAUAUUUUAAUUAAUUAAUACAUAUUAAUAUUUGAAAAAUAUAUUAUUUCAUUAAUCAUUAAAAUAUUUUACACACACACGCACGCAUAUUUAAAUUAACACACACACAGAUUAAAACGUUCCUUCUUGUACUUGGAAUUUCCAGUUUUUCAUAUCCAGUCGGUUACUUUUUCUGUUUGUGUUGUUUUGUUGAGUGAAGCAAUACUUUAUUUGACUGUGUGUGUGUGUGUGUUGGGGUAUUGUGUUUUUUUUGCACAUACUAAUACAUAUUAUAUAUUUUUGAGAAAAUUUAAAAUAAUAAUAAUAGCUGUGCGUGAGAGUGAAAAACGUGGUAAAAAUAUACAAAAAUAUGAUAUUUUCAUGGAUAUUUUUUGUGCCAAUAGCAAAAAAACGAGUAUUGUGACCAUUGGUGUAUUUUUUUUUCUUUUUUUUUAAUCAUUUUAUUUAUCAAUUAAAAUUUUAUCAUUCAUCAAUAAUUGUCAUCAGUUGAUAUUAUAAAUUAUUUAUCAAAAAUUUUAACUCAAUUUAUUUGUCUGUUGGAAAUAAAUUUUAAACGCAAAUACAAUUGGGAAGUUUAAAAAAAUAUAAAAUAAUAUAUAUAAUAGUAUUUCAUGAUAAUGACAAAUUACUCAUACAUAUGGUUGUUGUAUUCUGUAUAUAUUUAGUGUUUGCAUUUGUAAAAAAAAAUAAAACUUGAAAUAAAAGGAGGAAAAAAAGAGAGAAAAAUUAAAGAAAAAAAAAGAAGCCAUUGGCCUAAAAAAACAAAUAGCAAAAAGGAAAAAAAAAAAAAAAAAUCAACCAGGCUAUUUUAAAAUAAUUAAAAAUACAUUUUUUAUUAAUUUAUUUAUUUAAAUAAUUAAUUAAUUAAUUGAUAAAAAUGAGUUGCUGUGGUCCACCAACGAUUCUCUCUGAGCGUCGUGAUACUCUUGUCAGCAAAUGUGAAAUUCCAAUAAUUGAUCUUGGCCACAUGGGCACUGAAAGAUGUCCCCAAAAAGGAGUGUUGAAACAAGUUGCUAGUAAACUUGUACGAGCUCUUUCUGAAAAGGGAGCUGCAUUUCUUGUCAACCAUGGAAUUCCAGAAUGCAAAAUAAAAGCAGCAUACAGAGCAUUUGAUACAUUUUGUGAACUUCCAAAAGAAUCACGUGCCAAAUUUGAACGUGUACCACCUUGUGAUCAUGGCUACAUAUUGCCAGAAGCUGAUCAAUACAGCAGUGAAGAAAAAGAAUCACGACAUGAAUUUAUUGUAACAAGUAUUGAUGAUGCUCUACCAGAUGAAGAUGUACCAAGUUUUAGAGUUGCUGUUAACGAACUAACUCGUGAUUUUAAACAACUAUCAGCAAUGCUUCUUACCGCUUUGUCAAUUGGAAUUGAUCAACCACCAGAUUAUUUCGUCAACAAACAUGCAAAUAUAUUGGAUGAAGGCAAUGAAUCUGCAUUGAGAAUGAUGUAUUAUCCACCAUCUUGCCUUGAUAAAGGAUCAACUAAAUAUGGACCUUGUUGUGACAUUGGUACCUUUACACUUUUUGCACAGGAUGCUGAGGGUGGACUUGAGAUUCAAGCACCACACAGUCAACGUUGGGGUCAUGUUGGCCAUUUACCAGGUGCAAUACUUGUUAAUUCUGGUGAAUGUUUAGCCAAGUGGACCAGUCAAAAAUUGUCACCAUUGAAACAUCGUGUUGUUGUGCCAGAAAAUUGUCGUCGAGGUCGUCAUUCAAUUGGUUUCUUUGUUUAUCCUGAUGAAAAUGUCGUCAUUGAUCCACUUGACAUUAAAAUCCCAAUUCCAAUUGAGGAACCAGUUAUUUGUCGUAUGCAAAAAAAAAAACGUGGUGUCUUAAAUGCUUAUCAUCAUCUUCAGCGUAGAUUUCGUGAAACUUAUGCUUCUUAAUUUCAUCCUGAUUUUUAUCUACAUUUUUUUUUCUUUCUCACAUAAUAAUCAUUAUUUUCAUUUAAAAAAUUAAAAAAAAAAAUGUAUUAGCAAAAUGAAGAAUCAUCUCGAAAGAGUUGAUUGAAAAAAAAAUUUAGAUGGAAAUUAAUUAAUAGCCAUUAGAUAAAAUGAUAAAUUCAAAAGCAAUUGUAAAUUUAAUUAAUUUUUUUUUUUUUUUUAAUGUUAUAAAAUGGCACGUCAAUAAUUAAAUUUAAAAUAAUAAAAAUAAAAACGACAAUAAGAUGAAUGACAAUAGACUGACUAGCUUAUUUGAA